AUGAGGUUCAGCAGCAUUUGCGGUGGGCCUCGUGCUUUUCCUUUGCUUCUUGUAACCUUGGCAUCGUGCCACCCUCAAACGAUACGCAGCAACAUCGUCCGGCGCCAUAACAGCGCUACCUUUCCAUACCAGAAUGCUUCGCUAUGUAUCGACGCUCGAGUUGACGAUCUCCUUUCGCGCAUGACAAUUGAGGAGAAGGCAGGCCAGCUCUUCCAUACUCAGAUAUCCCAGGGCGAAAAUGGCACCUUGGCUGCAGAGACGGAGACGCGAAACGGAACAGAAAAGGUCAUUAGCGAGUGGCAUCUGACACAUUUCAAUCUCGGUGGCACGGUCACAGAUGUCAAGGAGACUGCAGAGUGGUACAACCUGGUUCAGGAGACAGCUCUGAACACUCGGCUCGGCAUUCCUGUGACUCUCUCUACUGAUCCUCGUCACGCUUUCACUGAGGCGAUCGGCAGCAGCAUAUCCGCAAAUUCCUUUUCACAAUGGCCAGAGUCACUGGGUCUUGCAGCCAUUGGAGAUCCGGACCUCGUCUACAAGUUCGCAGAGGUAGCAAGGCAAGAAUACCUGGCAAUUGGCAUUCGCACAGCUUUGCAUCCUCAGAUUGAUCUGUCUACUGAGUAUAGAUGGGCGAGAAUUGCCGGUACCAUGGGAGAAGACGCCGAGCUCACGUCCAGUCUGGUUGUCGCAUACAUCAAAGGCUUUCAGGGCGAGCACUUUGGUUCACACUCUGUAAGCACCAUUACGAAGCACUUUCCAGGCGGCGGUCCGAUGGAGAACGGAGAAGAUAGUCAUUUCACAUAUGGCAAGAAUCAAACGUAUCCCGGCGCCAAUUUCGAUUACCAUCUCAUUCCGUUCAAGGCUGCUAUCGCCGUGGGUGCAAGGCAGAUGAUGCCUUACUACUCUCGUCCGAUUGGCGCUGUUCAUGAUGGCACCCAGAUUGAAGAGGUCGGGUUCAGCUUCAACAAAGGCAUCAUCACCGAUCUACUUCGCGAAGAAUUGGGAUUCGACGGCAUUGUCUGCUCGGAUUGGGGUCUUAUCACAGAUACUACAAUCCGUGGACAAGACAUGCCAGCACGAGCUUGGGGUGUGGAGUACCUUAGUGAGCUCGAAAGGGCCGCAAGGGUCCUCGAUGCAGGUGUCGAUCAGUUUGGUGGCGAAACUAGACCAGAGCUCAUCGUACAGCUUGUGCAAGAAGGCAGGAUCUCUGAAGGGAGGAUUGAUGUUUCGGUGCGGCGUCUGCUGAAAGAAAAGUUCAUGCUUGGUCUCUUCGACAACCCAUUCGUAGAUCCCGAGGAAGCUGUCAAAGUCGUUGGCAAUGCAGCGUUUGUGAAAUGGGGAGAAGAAGCGCAGCGUUCCGCUUACACGCUGCUUAAGAACCAGGACAACAUACUUCCUCUGCAAAACCAUGAUGGCGCCAAGGUGUACAUCGAAGGUAUCAACGCCACCUACUUUGAAGGCCGUGGCUUGGAGGUUGUCGAGACACCAGAGGAAGCCGAUCUUGCACUGCUGCGACUCAGAGCGCCAUACGAACCACGACCUGGCGGGUUUGAAUCCAACUACCAUGCCGGCUCACUGGAGGACAAUGCCACCGAGAAGGCUCGUCAACAGGCCAUCUACGACGCUGUCCCCACCAUCGUGGACAUGUAUUUGGAUCGUCCAGCAGCUAUUCCUGAGAUUGCAGAAUCUGCUGUUGCGCUGCUGGCGAGUUUCGGAAGUAGUCCUGAGGCAUUCUUGGACGUGGUGCUAGGAGUCGAUGGAGCUGAGCCUCUAGGAAAGCUGCCAUUUGACCUUCCUAGAAGCACGCAGGCGGUCGCUAAUAGCAAGGAGGAUGUGCCCUUUGAUACUGCUAACCCGGUAUUCCGGUUUGGGAAUGGAUUGAGUUAUAAAAGCAGUUGCUAA